AAACUACUGUUCGAGAGUGUGAAAAAAUGGCGGCGCCUACAAUCGACAACAUUGUCGAAGAAAUAUUACCGGAUUUUGGCGUGAACGCUCUGAAACCGGAACAGAAGGAAAUAAUUAGCAAUAUUACAAAGAAGAAAGAUUGCAUUGCUGUCUUGCCAACUGGGUUUGGAAAGUCGUUGCCAUUCCAGGUUUACGCUGCAGCUCAGAAACGAACUAGUCGUGAGGCUGGACAUGUACUCGUAUGUUCGCCAUUGAUAGGCCUGAUGAAGGACCAGACCAAAAAGCUGUCUCAUAUCAGUUACUUAAGCGUUGGCUACACAGUUGAAAGUGCUUCUGUGGAUGAGAAAAUCAAACGUGGAGACAUUGAUUUGAUGUAUGCUUCAGCAGAGGCACUGGUUGGGGACCCGGAAUGGAGGACAGCUUUCCAAAAACUGAAUGUUACCCUUAUAGUGGUGGAUGAAUUUCAUACAAUAUAUAUAUGGGGUUUACAGUUUGACAACAGGAAGGAAGCAUUUAGAGGCUGGUUUGCACAAUCAGGAGAAUUGCGUUCUUUUUAUCCCAAUGCACCACUUUUGGCUCUUAGUGCAACCUGCUCUUUGAAAAUCAGAAAGAAAGCCAUGAAAGUUUUGAAUUUGAAUGACCCUGCAGAAAUUACCCUUUCUCCAAAUAAAUCGAACAUAAAGCUUAUUGUGAAAAAGGUAUCAAAUUCGGUUGAAAUGCCAUUAAAUAUUAUGGCUUAUUGAUUUAUUGACAUUCAAGGAUUUCAUUCGCUUGUGCUCUACGGACCUCCACAAACAGCAGUAGACCUUAUCCAAGGAAUAGGCUGGUUAGGAAGGGACGGUAGUCCAUCCUGUGCAAUACUGCUACAUAAUUCGUUCAACGUACGGAACACUGAUUUAGACGUAAAAAGUGUCAUUCGUGAUGCCAGUUGCAGAAGACUUUCCCUCAUAAAGUCAUUCUUGAAAGACUCUGAACUAAAUAAUAUUCAUGAAGAAAUGGAAAAGCUUACUUGUUGUGACAUAUGUGAAGAGAAAUGCAAGUGUGGUGACUGCCUACUUUUACCUAUAGAAAAACUUUUGCAAAUGGAAUCAGAAAAUGAGGAUGAUGAGUUAGAGCCUAAUUCUGAAUCUGAUGCAACAGAUCUGGAAAGUUCAAAUGAUUCGGAAGACUUGUGACUUUUCACGUACUCGUAGAAGUAGUACAUAUAUUAUCAUAAUACCUUGUACAUUCAUAUAUGCAACAAUUAUGUGUAUAUAUACUUGUAGAGAUCUACAGUAAAUUUCAACAGGACUUGA